AAAGAUAUACAUGGCCCCGCCUCUCAAAGCAUGCAUAUCACGUGCGCACUCGUCUGCACCCCUUCUCCUUCCCUGAUCUCUUUUUACCGACUAGCCGAUUCCAAAAGGAUGAGCUAAUUGAUCUGUGCUUUGGCAGAAUGCACCACCAUACAACUGACCAUCAUCACAUACCAAUACGUGUGCAGGAUGAAGGUAGCAUCCUCUUGGGAUGGCACCCAGAGCUUGCUGCCGCCAUUAGACCUUUCGCAGCAUUACGGCCGCCCACUGUGCACUGCCAGAUUGCCAUGCUCGCGAUCCCUGCAGACAUGCCCCUUCAAGUAUAUGAAGCCACGAUUGGACAGCCUCCCUUCCUGAUUGAGAACCUCUCCUUCAGCGACUGGGCUUCGCUUGUCCACGUCUUGCAGAGCAGGCCGGAGCAGCUAGAAGCAAAAAUUCAUGAUCUCGCCAGCAAUAUUGUUGAAUCCUGCAGGAAGGCCGCAAUCGAGAAUAGAGAGCUUAACCUCAUCAUAGCCAAGGCAGAAAAGAUCAUCCUCGAAUUGCACGGAUAUGAUUCUUCACAUCUUGACACCGCGGGACAUGUCUCCUUCUCCGAGAGAGCUGAAACGUUCAGUGAAGCAUAUAUCGACCGUAAGUCGCUCUCGCAAGUCGAGUUGGAAUACUUCAGGAAGAAGGAGGCAGAACGAUUGAGCAAUGCGCACACUGAACUCACACCCCUCAUGAGGGAUGCAGGCCAUAAGUUUUCCAGGAAUAGGCCCUUUCUCCCCCUUGCCUCCAGCACCUGGACAGAGAAGGCCGUGCAGCACGUGCACAACCGGCUUUGGAAGCUAGAUACGUUCAACUACACAGCGCCUAUCAGCGUGGAGGCAUACAUGGCGCUUGCGGCAAUUACUGACGCCGAGGUCGAUAACUGUCGCAGUGCUGCCAGGAAUGGUACCAUCUACUUCCCGGCUACCAGAGGCGGUUUUGACGGAGAGUUCCCACCAAUUGCCAAACUCGAGAAAGGCAAAUGUCCAAACAAGCCGCUCCUGCAUCAAAAAGGCAUCCCGAAGUUUCCUGCAGACCUCUCCGAACUCAAGAAGCUCUGGAACGCAGGAAGGCCAUAUCUGAAAUGUGUAUGCCUCGGAUGCGAGCAGAACUUCACUUGGUUCGACCACAUGAUCUGGUACGUCAUCGGAAACCUAGAGAAGAUCGACCCGCUAGCUCCAUCAGACAAGAUCAAGAUGCUGGAAUUCCAAGCUCUCCUUCGUACUACAUGGAGAAAGGCCAUUCUUGAGCAGAUCUCGUUUGUCUUCAUGAGAGAAUACAUGAUCAAGAUUGUGAACCUUCUCACAGAAAACAGAAGGAUUUCUGCUGCGGAGAUACUAGAUUAUGAGGACUUCAGGUACAUCGACUUCAGCCAAUGGAAGACGGAAGACUGGGAUGGCGAUCAGAAAAAGAAUCGAACAAACAGAUCAUCACCUGCCACUACGCAAACCGACUGAUGGAUCGAAUCAAGUUCAAAAACAUCCUUAGUAAACUAGUAACUAACUA